CUCACGAAGCAAGCCCAUGUGCCCCACUGCAAUGCCAGGGCAAAGGUGGUACCUUACUGCUGAUUGGCCACCACUGCAUCUCUCCCAGAGGAUUUAAGCCCAGCGCACAAGCACACCAUCAAGCUGUUAAGUCUCUGGGACUGGGACUCAGGUUUGCUUUAAACAGCCAUGAAGAUGAUGGGGAAACUUUCGUGCCUUGCUGUUUUGCUGCUUUGUGGGUUCUGUGCUGCUGAGGGAGAGAACGAGCAGCCACAGUCCUUAUGGCGUCACAAGAACAUCUACAGAAACAUGGGCAUCUGCUGGAUCAUGGGCAAUCCCCACUACCGCACCUUUGACAACCACUAUUACAACUUCAUGGGGAACUGUACCUAUGUCAUGGCUUCCAGUCAUUGCCAGAAUGGUGGUAACCUCCCUUUCUUUGAAGUGGAGGUCAGAAAUGAGAACCACCCAAAGUCAGAGAUCCCUGCUGUUGAGAUGGUCAUCAUCAAGGUCUAUGAGUACACCUUCACUAUUUACCGGACAGAAUAUGGAAUAGUGAGGUUUGAGGAUAACUACUGGAAUCUCCCAAUGAUACUGGGCAAUGAUAAAGUGAGGCUGAUUCUCAGUGGCAUGUCCGUCCUGCUGGAGACAGAUUUCGGUCUGACGGUGCAGUAUGACUGGGAGCAGUACCUGGUGGUCAUGGUGCCCGACAGCUUCAAAGGUAAGACCUGCGGCCUCUGCGGAAACUUCAACGGCAGGGAUGACGACGACCUGGCCCUGCCCAACGGCAGCCCUGCAGCCAGCGUGUCAGUGCUGGGGAAGAGCUGGAGGGUGUCGGGCGUGGCUGCCGAUGCCACCUGUCGGGACGAGUGUGACGGCGAGUGCGGAAAAUGCGAGGGCUCCUUCCUGGAGCGCCUUGCCGGGAAAGUUUUCUGCGGCCUCCUGGCGCAGGUGAUGAACGGGCCCCUGAGAGAGUGCAGCGCUGUCAUCCCGAAGAACAUCUACCACGACUACUGCAUGUAUGACGUCUGCAUGGGCAAGGGCAUGAAGAAGUUCCUCUGCGACACGCUGCACGUUUACACUGACGCUUGCCAGAGAGCCAACUUCCAAGUCCUCAACUGGAGAGGACUGGCUGGUUGUCCUGAUCCUCAGUGCCCCAAGAACAGCCACUAUGAGCACUGUGGCAGUGCCUGCCCAGCCACCUGUGAGAACCCAACAGUUCAAUCAAACUGUGAUGGUCCAUGUGUGGAGGGUUGUAUGUGUGAUGAAGGCUUCGUCCGCAGGGGCAACAAAUGUGUUCCUCAGUCCCAGUGUGGAUGCUUCUAUGACAAGACAGGAAGCUACGUGGCACCUGGAGCGGCCUUCUGGACAGAAAACUGCGGGGAGUUGUGUACCUGUGAGUCCAGCGCCAUGCGUUGUGUGAAAUCCGGAUGUCCGGGCGGAAAAGAGUGCAAAGUGGUGAAGGGGAUCAGAGGCUGCUUCCCCACAUCUUACGCCACUUGCACCAUCUCAGGAGACCCCCACUAUAGCACAUUUGACAAGCACACCUACUCCUUCCAAGGCACCUGCACCUACUCUGCUGCCAAGGCCUGCCACAUUGAGGGCACACACCUCCAGCCAUUCUCAGUGGUGGUGGAGAACGAGAAGUGGAAUAAUAAUCCAAAGUUUUCAGUGGCCAAGGCAGUGGCCGUGGAGGUUUACGGACAAACAUUGGUGCUGAGGAAGAACCAACCUGUGGUCAUGGUGGAUGGUGUACUUCUGAAUUUGCCAGUGAAUCUGAAUGAUGGCCAGGUGGAAGUUUAUCAAGAUGGCAGACAUGUCCUUAUCAAAACCGACUUUGGCCUGAAAGUGACAUACGACCUUGUAUACCGCGUCACCAUAACUGUUCCUGCUUCAUAUCAUGGCAAGACCUGUGGUCUGUGCGGCAAUUUCAACGGCAACAAGAAUGAUGAGUACCAACUGCCAGAUGGUAAAGAGUCAAAAAGCAUCAGGGACUUCGGUGCGGCCUGGAAGGAAGCUGUGCAGGGUUUGGUGUGUGACGAUGGCUGCACCGGUGACUUCUGCCCCAAGUGUGCUGAAGAUAAGAAACGCAUCUUUGAGGCCGACUGCAGCAUCAUCAGAAAUCCAAGUGGCCCCUUUGCUGCCUGCCUCAGUGUCAUUGAUCCUGAGUCCUAUUUCAGAGAUUGUGUCUAUGACGUUUGCAUGGGUGAGGGAGACCGCAACAUGCUCUGCCACAGCAUUGCUGCAUAUGUGUCUGACUGCCAGGACUUUGGAGUUGCCAUUAAGGACUGGAGGACCCCAACCUUCUGUCCCUUGUCAUGCCCUGCCAACAGCCACUAUCAAAUCUGUGCCCAGACCUGUGACGCACCCUGUCCUGGCCUCACAAGUAUCGUCAGCUGCCCCGUUUCCUGUGCAGAGGGAUGUGCCUGUGACUCUGAUUCUUACUUCAACGGGACAGGCUGCAUUAAAUGGGAUGAGUGCGGCUGCUACUACGACGGACGAACAUACAAGAUUGGUGAGUCUGUGAUCAACGAGGACUGCAGUGAGCGCUACACCUGUCUGCCCUCUGGCACGGUGAAGCGAGAACAUAUCCACUGCAACAGCGAUGAAAUCUGCAAGGUGAAGCACGGUGUCCGCAAAUGCUACCCCCGUCAGUGCUUGAUUGAAGCCGAUGGAGCCCUUAGCACGUUUGGUGAGAUGGGGGGCACCAUUGAUGUCGUGGGGGCCUUUGAGAUUGUGAAAGUGUGUGAUGGAGCUAUGGUGAAGGAGUGGUUCCGCGUGGUUGUGAAGCUCCAGGAAUGUGGACACUCUGGCCUGAGACGUGUUGAGGCUGUCUAUGCCUUCUUUGACGGUGUGGUCAUUAUUGUUAACGCAAAGCAUGAGACUUGGGUCAAUGGCAAGAGGGUCACCCUACCCAGCCUGCUUAAAAACGAGAUAUCAGUGAAAAUCUCUGAGAAGGAGAUGGUUAUUGAGAAGGUGUCAGCCCUGCGUGUGACCUACAGCGUGACACAGGAGAUCACUGUGACUGUGAGUGACCACUUUGCUGACAAGGUUUGCGGAGCUUGUGGGAAACUCAGCGGAGACGCCAGCAUCACUGUUGACAGCAAAUCCGUCAGGAAGUGGAUGGACACCUGGAGAGCACCUGACUUCCCAAGCUGUGAGUGAUGGAAUGGGACCCAGCCUCACACUGAUCACCAGUACUUACUGAACAUCGUUUAUGUUUUCAUCAUUCAACAAUGACAUGAAUCAGUUGUUUAUUUCUGCUGUAAAUGCCAUUGCAAUAGUUGCUUUCACUUUACAAGCUAUUUCACUGUAAAAUAUGUGCCACUGGCUUUCAUCUCAGCCGCUUAAGUGUAAAAUAUGAUAUAAUAAAAUAUAUCUGCAUGAAGCAUCA